UUGACAAGGAAAUAAUUUCAGUAUUUACAAUUGCUGAUAAGAAAAUUUUAUGUUUCAUAUAUAAAGCUGAAUAGAUUUCAGUCAAAUAAAAAACCAUCGAGGCAGAAGUACGUAUUAAACAUUCAAAUUAAAAACAUUUAAAUACAUUUAAAAAUGAAUAAAUCUGGAUAUAUAUUAUUUGGAUUAAUUGUGCUAGUAGUAAUCAUUCAGGUUGCUAAUACACAAAGAUUAAGAGAAUGCGGUGAAAGGUGUAAAAACAGUUGCCAGUGUCGAUCAACUUAUUGUCGAGGAGGAAGAUGCAUACAAUAUGGACAAGUUGAUGAUGAACGAGAUGAGAAUGGAAAUAGCCAAGUUACACCAUGUGCUUAUACUACAUGUCCUCCUGGAUCAAUCUGUUAUAUAAAAGAAGUUCAAUGUGUUAGAGCACCUUGUCCUGGAAUAGUUUCGUGUGUCAAUGAUAAUACAACAUGUUCUUAUAAAUAAUAUUAUUAUACUCAUACUAAAUAUUAAUCGUUAUCGUAGUGAUUGCACAUUAAUUCUUUAAGAAUCAUCGUAUUAUUCUCAUCAAUUUUAACACUAAACUGUUAUAUGAACAUUCAAUUAUAUUUU